AACCACCACCACAGAAGAAGGAAAAGAAUGUUAAAUCAAUAAUGAUGGGGCCGCGAAAACCGGUUCAGUGCAAACGAAACCGUGCCCACGGCUAGUGUGCUGCGAGCCAGAACGUACCGUGCUGCAUCCGAGACAAGAUGUGCGAGAAAGGAACGUCCGCGCUGUCGUGCGUCAUAUUGGUCGUAACGGUGGCUUUGGGUCAGUUGGUUCAGGCGGACGAGUUCGAGGAAGUGUUUCGCUGGAAGCUGCUUGACUUUAACAAUACCGACACACACGAAGAUGGAGUUUUCUUCCCGGAAGUGCUGGAUGAUGUACCGGAUGCGAUGGUGGCACUGAAUGAAAGCUUCGCACCCUACCACAACCUGCCGAUGGGCGUGACGCAUCAUAAGGGGCGAGUGUUUAUCACCGUGCCAAGGCGUCGUACCGGCAUUCCGUCCACGCUGAACGUUAUCGUGCUGGAUCAGGUGCCGGAAGGUGAAAAAUCGCCCAAAUUGGUUGCGUAUCCAACGGCGCUGACGAAUCAGCUAAGGAGCCCUUACCUGCCGGACGCUAAGAAGCUCAUUUCGGUGUAUCGCACCCGUGUGGACCGUUGCGAUCGUAUGUGGUUCGUCGAUACGGGAUAUCUCGAAUAUCCCGGCCACAGGAAGCAGGUGCAGCGCCCCGCACUGUGGAUCAUCGAUUUGCUGCAGGAUCGAAAGGUACGUCAGUUCGAAAUACCGGAAUCGAUCGUGGCGGAAGGGCACGGUAUGGCCAGCGUAACUAUCGACUCCUCUAGCGACGACUGCGAGGGUGCGUACGCGUACAUACCCGACCUGGCCCACUAUCGGCUGUACGUGUACGGAUUCCGGGAAAACCGGAUGUGGAAGUUUCAGCACGAGUUCCUCUCGUUCGAUCCGCGCAUGACCGGGUUCAGUGUGGCUGGGGUACGGUUUCGGUGGAACGACGGUAUCUUCUCGCUAGCGAUGGGCGCGCAAAUAUCCGAACAGGAGGGCCGAACGGUGUACUUCCAUGCGAUGGCCAGCACGUCCGAGUAUCGGACCAGUUCGCGCGUGCUGCAGAAUGAAACGCUUGCGAGCGUCGGAGGGUACGAUCAUCUGUUUACGCACGUUGGUGAGCGGGGAAUUAGAACGCAAUGCACCAUUCACCAGUACGAUCCGCAGACGGGUGUGCUGUUCUACGCGGAGGUCAACCGUAACGCGAUCGGGUGCUGGAACUCUGCCCAAAGCUUUGAGCCCGAAAACCAUGGCAUCGUUCAGCUGGACAAUAAGAACUUUAUCUACCCAUCCGAUAUGACCCUCGACAGCGAUGGUGACCUGUGGGUCAUGACGAACGGACUGCCAAGGUGGCUGUACGCAACGCUCGACGCUGAUGACUAUAAUUUCCGCGUGUGGCGGCAAAAACCGGCCAAGGCAAUCGCAGGAACAAUCUGUGCACCCGGUGCAUAAUGGGGCCCUUGCAAAACACUCUAUAAACACUUCAUCAUUCACUGUAUUGGUUAGGGGCUGGAUCGGUCGGUGUUCGGAUCAGUGAUUAACGAUCUUGCGAUCGGUUGUGAUAGUGACUUCCCAGUGUCGAUCGAACCGUUGGGAUUGAUGGUAACGGGCAGCACUGUUCCUUAACCGGAGCUCUCAUCGUGUGUGGUUGAAUAAAUUUUAUUUGAAAAACUAA